AGGAAAAAGCUCUGCUUCUUCUCUUGAAUUCUUCUCCUUCCCUCUUUCGUUUCGCCGUCGAAACACCCCCGUUCGCUGAACGAUUCUCUUCGAUCCGACCCAGUUUUUCGUCUUUUGCAACGAAGAGACGUGGUCAUUGAGAUGCCGCUCAUAAACAGAAUAAGCGACUUCGAAGCGGGCAUAAGCUCUCUGCAAGACCCAUCUUUCCUCUCGCAGUUUCUCUCGUUUUCCGUCAGAACGAUCUCGCAGGCCUACGGUUUCUGGAAGUGGGGCGCUCUGGUCCUCGCCCUCGUCGCUUCUUUCGGCACCAUAGUCAACCGCAUCAGGUUCCUCAUCAUCAAGUACCAGAACGACCUCGUUUCGGAUCCGCCGUCACAGUCCCGACCCUUUCUCAGAAGCUGCCUAGAUCGUAGCGAGGAAGACGAUGCCUGCUCGUCAGCGUCUUGCUCUGCUCCUUCUUCGGAAACAGAGGAGGACGAAAUCGAGCUUGUGAGCUCGCCCCUCGAAGACCCAUUUCGAAACCGCGAAGUUUUCGUCGUCAAGGGCUCGGCGAGUUCGCAGCGCGAGGGCGUGAGCUCGAAACUGCGGCGACGGCAGAGCUUCUUCUGCGACCACUUGUCGGACUUCUGCGACCGAACGGACGUCGUCAAGCUCUGGAAUCUCGGGCUCGAGAUUGAAUUGGACCCCGAAGGGGAAUCUCCGACUUCUUUUGGGGACGCCAUCUCCGUCACCGACUUGAACACGGGACAGAGAUUGAGCUCGUUCUCGUCCGGCACGUCCGGGAUCCCGGCGAUUUCCGCCUCGCCGCUGCGGUCGCCGGCGGCGAUCGUGUCCGCUGGAGUGAGCAGCUCGGGGAACAUGGCGCUGAGAGUGUGGGACACGCGCACGCGCCGCCGGGCGCCGGCGAUAAUCGCCGAGUGGGCUCCUCGGCCGGCGGGGAGCGUCGAGCGGGUCGACUGCGGCGGCGUGGAGAAGCUGUUCUUGGAAGCGGGCGGGGAGCUGAUGCUCGGAGACAUGAGGAACGUCAGUUCGCCGCUGAAGCGCGUGGCGGAGGCCGACGUCGAGACGUGGUGGGACGCCGACGCGGUCAUCGUUUCGGACGAGCUGGUGAGCGAGUCGAGGGCCAAGCGGUUCUGACGGCCGGGUUGCGAGUCAGGGGUUUUCCUUCAUUUCGCCGGCGGUCCGGCGUGCCGUGCUCUAGAAUAACGGCCGACGUGGUCGGAUAGGAAAAAGAGAACGUGGUGGAUUUGACUCGCGUCUGUAAAUACGAGUUGUCCUUCCCAAUUUCCUCCUCAAUUCAAGAAAAGAUCAAUUUAACAAAUGAUUUGGACAGACAACAUAUGUUAAUGUAUUGAUGUUUGAUUUCUACGUA